UUAUGGUUUAUUAGUGAAUACGUGUAAUAUACUAUUAUACUGUUAAAUAAAAAAAUAUUUUUUUUAAUUUUAAUAUACUAUUCAUUAUUUUAGUCAGUAAUAUUAAGCAAUUUAAUUAUUUCAAAUAAAAAAUAAUGGCUGUGACAAUAAAUACCAAUAUAUCAAACACUCGUUAAUUCCAAAAGUAACGAAUUAUAAGUAUUUGAGAAUAAAAUUAUAUUCAACAACUAACCGAUUUGUCUAUUUAACUUUUUAUAAAAAAUUAUACAUAUUUUGUACCAUUUAAAAUGGACAGUUCAAAUAAUUCUUCAACUGCACAAGUACAAUCUAAAGAUUUGAUUGUGAAACAGAACAAAAAGAAUGAAAUAGUUAAAAUAAAUCAGAUAUUAAAUGGCAAUAAAGUAUUAUCUAAUGACAGACAAUUUAAUCCUAAUAAAACUAUGCAUGAAAUGACACCCGGUCCAAAAAAAUAUCAGAAUAUUAAAAAGUCACCCGAUAAAGAACCAAAAUUUGUUCCCUAUGAGCCAUACAAGGCAGCAGUGCGUUCAAUUGUGCCAGAGUUGGGUCAACCAUCAGUAGCUGUAUUUAAAAGAAGACUGUCGACUGCGUCUAAUUGUAGUAAAGCAUCAAAUGUAACUGAAGAUCGAGUUGAAGAUAAAGAUGUGAUAUCUAUGCUGACUCAAGAAAAACAGAACCUAGAAGAAGAGAUUGAUAAACUUAAUAAACAGAUAGCUAAUAUGGAUCUCCAAAUGGGCUCACAGGCACAAGUUAAUAACGAACUUAAAAAUAUGCUUGUUGCGUCUAUUGGUGAAGAUAUAGAAGCCAAAAUACAAAUGUUGACCGAGGAUAAAGUAUUAUUGGCGCACAAAUUGCUCAAUUUUACUGGAGCAUUAGCUGGUCGACAAGAUCAAUUAGAAACAGUAGCUGGAGAACGAGAUGUGUUACGUAGUAAAUUUUUAGCUGGCAGUUUAAUAGUGGAAGAUUUAUCCAAGUGGAAGACAUUCCUGUGUAACCGAGUGGAUAAAUUAGAAGCUACAUUACAAACAAUUCUGGAUGAAAAUCGAAAAAAUAGACAUCUACUGAAGUCGGCUCAUGAGAAUUUGAAAGUAUUACAAAAUUAUUAUAAACUUGAAGUAUCAACUAAACAAAAAUUACUAGACAGUACAACAAUAGCUGAAGAUAUAAACAGAAUAUCGUUGUUACUUAGAAAACAUUUAUUAACCACACAAAUUCAAGAACUCCAAGUACAUUCUGCUAUCCACCAAACACAAGCUGAAUCCCAAGCUCAACAAAUAUUGGCACAAAAAAUGCCCAGAGAAAAAAUGAAUAAUGUUGAUGCAACAUGUAAUGCCAUAAUGGAAGCAUCACAAGCAAUAGAAUCUAAUAUUCAAUUAUGUUGUGGUCAUUGUACUGGAACUGUUAAACUUAUUUAAAUAAUAAAAUUACUGUUAAAUAAUCAAAAUUUAAAAAAAAGUUUCAAUAUUUUAUUAUGUUUUAUGUGUUAUUGUAAGCUGGAGUAAUAAUUUUAUAAUUUAUGUUGAUGUUUAAAAUUAAAUUAACUUUUAUAUA